UAAUUAAGUUUAGCUAUGGCCAAUAGAGGGCGAACGUCGUCAGCAAAGAAAAGAGUGGCUUCUCACGCAAAGACAUCUGGGAUUUUGGAGGACUGGCUCGAGCGCUUUGAUUUCCGCAGUGCAGCGUGGGAUAGUGGAAGAAGUCAGCGAAACAGUCAUUCAGAAAUGGAUGUGUUUUUAAUGAUCAGACGUCACAAGACAACCAUCUUUACAGAUGCUAAGGAGUCUACCACAGUCUAUGAGCUGAAGCGAAUUGUGGAGGGCAUCCUAAAGCGAGCACCAGAGGAUCAGAGGCUUUACAAGGAUGACAUGCUGCUAGAAGAUAGUAAGACUCUCGGAGACUGUGGAUUUACAAAUCAGACGGCCAGACCUCAGGCUCCAGCCACAGUAGGACUGGCUUUUCGUAUCAAUGAUGAUGCUUUUGAGCCACUAAGAAUAGAGUCCUUCUCAAGCCCUCCUGAACUUCCUGAUGUUAUGAAGCCUCAGGACUCUGGCAGCACUGCCAAUGAACAAGCCGUGCAGUGAAGAAAGAAAGGAUAAUAAAGGGUGGGGGGGGUGGGGGAAAGCGGCCAGGGGUAAAGAGUUUCCAGAACAGCGGACAAGCAAAUGUGUUUUAAGAUGGUGGCGUGUAUUGAGUUCUAAAGGAUGGGGAAGCAUGAGUGAGAGUGAUCCUGUGUGAUAUUGUAACUUUGCUGAGAUUUUGAAUAUCGCUCUCCUUGUUACCCCUCACCUGCCAUCUAGCACUAGCAGCUUAACUCUCACUGAAUUGUCGCAAACCCUUCCACAUCAAGUUGAUUUGUUUAAUGUGUUCCCCCUCAUUGCUGAAUGAAUUUGUCAGUCAGCAGUCAUAGGUUAGACAUAUUAAAACCUGUGCUUCUUAUUUAAUUCACGCAGAUGUUUUGUUUGGAAAGUUAAAUGUUUUGUGCUUUUUGUGUGUUUUGAUCUGUUGGGGGUGGGGUGGGUUUGUGUUGGUGGUUGUAAGGUUUCACAAAUGCCCACUUUACUGAUUGCAUUUACAGUAUGCUGUUGUGUGCUAAUGAGUAUUGGUAUUAAAAUUAUUCUUAUUUCGAGCCAUCAUAAUUUUACUAGAGUGCAAAGGCCACAAGCUUAACAGUUUUAUGUUACCAACUUUAGUGUAAACGCACUUGGAACUUGCUGGAAAUCAGAACGUAUGUCGUCAGGUCAUACCUGUACUGUAAUAUACAGAACAUGAUGAAUAUGAUGAAUUCUGAUAUACAGUGGUUUCAUUGUAAAUACAUGUUUUCACUUGCAUCAUUGCCUCUUAAAGUGUGUGUUGCUUUUCUUUACAGUUUUGUGUUAUUCGCGUCUGCUUGUACCUUUUUGAACUUUUGUUUGUAGUAUUGACAUGUUAUUCUCUGAUUUUGUAUUUAAAAUCAGAUCCUGGGAGUGUUCAUUCUCGUCAGUUUUUUUCUUUGUGUGAGGCAUUUUAAAAUGUGGAAAGUUUCAAGUAAAAAUCGAAUGCUCAAUAGGAUUUUGGGCAAAGUUGCUUGAGUGAAUGUUUAACUUGAACAAAAAACGCUGACAUUGUGUUUAUCUCCAAAACAAAAGCUCCUGAUGUUUUUGCGAACACACUUUUAUCCUGCAGUGACGGCAGUGUUCCUUCACGAUGCUCUUGCAAGAAAUAAGUUACAAAUUAAAAAUAAAAUUAUGCUGCAGUAACUGUAACUGCAUUUCAGUGAAAAUUAAAAUCAACCCUUUUCCA